AACUGAAAGCAUUUCUCUACAAGUGUCUUGAGAAAAAAAGAAAGCCUACUAGCUCAUUUGCUUCAUUGCUUGUUAUUUGUCAUUUAGAAUCCAUCUUUAAGAAAAAUGGCGGGUGAGUACAACAAAAGCCACGAGUACGAGACCAAGGCCGAGGAGGGCGGUCCAGUUGAGAGCCAGGAACGUGGGUGGUUUGAUUUCUUGGGGAAGAAGAAGGAGGAGGAAAAGCCUGUAGUCCAGGAGGAGGAAAAGCCUGUAGUUCAGGAGGAGGAGAAGCCUGUAGUUCAGGAGGAGGUGAUUGCCACCGAGUUCGAGAAGGUCAAGGUGUCUGAGCCUGAGCCUGAGCCAGCUUGUGUAGACUACAGCAAGCCUGCAGAACAUGGCUACCAUCACGAGGAACAUAAGGAGGAACAUAAAGAGGAGGAGGUCGAGAAGAAGCAUGAAACUCUCUCAGAGAAGCUUCGCCGAUCCGACAGCAGCUCUAGCUCGUCUAGUGACGAGGAAGGAGACGAUGAAGAGAAAAAGAAGAAGAGGAAGGAGAAGAAGGGACUGAAGGAAAAGAUCAAGGAGAAGAUCUCCGGCGACAAAGAAGAAGAGAAGAAACACGGCUACGAGCAGGACACUGAUGAGAUCCCGGUGGAGAAAUUCCACGAGGAUCACGGCCAUGCCUACGAUCACGGCCCGGUCGUGCCCCACCAUGAGGAGCCAAAAGUUGAGCCAGCAGUAGUGUACGCAGAGGAGAAGGAGGACGAAAAGAAGGGGGAUAAAUUCCACGAGGAUCACGGCCAUGCCUACGAUCAAGGCCCGGUCGUGCCCCACCAUGAGGAGCCAAAAGUUGAGCCAGCAGUAGUGUACGCAGAGGAGAAGAAGGAGGACGAAAAGAAGGGUUUCCUUGAGAAGAUCAAGGACAAGCUUCCCGGACACAAGAAGCCGGAGGAAGUUCCGGUUGCGUCUCCACCAGCGGCCGGUUAUGAAACUGCCGAGCCUGCUUAUCAUGAAGGUGAGCCCAAGGAGAAGAAGGGUUUGAUGGAGAAGAUCAAGGGGAAGAUUCCCGGGUACCAUCCCAAGACUGAGGAAGAGAAGGAGAAGGAGAAACCAACUGGUUCAUACUGAUCGGUUUCCUUUUGUGACCGAAAGAGUGAUCGAUGAUGAUAAUGACGAUGGUGUCGAAUGUUGGCGUCUUCAGUUAUUUUCUGGGUGGCUUUUUCUUUUUGAAAAAGUAUAUAUAGGGAAACUGUUUCAUCUAUAUGUGCUUAUUUGUAAGUUUGUUUAUUAGUUAGGUGUUUUCAUAUUAAGGUUAUCAUUUCCUUAUUUUGUUUGUGAUUUACACAUUGUUGUUAAUAAUAUUAUUCCUAUUGUAUUUUCUAA